AUGCAUUGUAUGGGCAGAGGAGGCUGCUACCUAGUGAAUUCCCUCUGUGAGCUUCAGGAAGAGGACCGGUGGGGGAGAGAGAGCUACCAAGCCAGCUGGCUGAACUUGGUCAUGGAAACAAGACCACAAUACAAGCUGACACUGUCCGAGAAAGACAUCUCUCGCAGAGAGAGCUAUGAGGAGCAGCAGGUGGUCCACUUUAUAGUCAGGAGGAGUCCCAGCCAGAUACUGAAGCUGGGCAGCCACGGGGGGAUCAUGACAGAACACCAACUUCCAUCCAAGACCACCUGCUUCGUGCCACUCCUCAACCCAAUCAGCGCAGAGUCAUCCUUGGACCUGCGUAGGGUCAGCCCCUUCCUCGGUCCUCCGCACGUGCAGGGGCCGGUCAUAGCACAGAUGGAGAAUAACGGCGUUUGUGUGGACAAGCAAGACGUGUCUGUCAUCAAGAAGGACCUCCCCAAGCUCACUAAGCCCAUCAGAGUGAACUUCAGAGCCUCAAGCCUCAUGUCCUCUCCGAGGGAGACCUCCCACUGGGUGCACAGAAGACAGUGAACAGGGGUGUGGGCAUGUGUGUGUGUGGGGGGUGGUGGUAUAAAAUUCUUGAUAAUGUCUCAAAGAUUGGAUCAGACCCAAAAUAAUGUCAUAAGGAGGUCGGGGGAAAUUAACUUGCUGAAUUGAAUAGAUGUAAAGUCAAAUGUAUGAGUAUGAGCGACAAGAUAAUGCAAUGUACUAAACCCCGCAUCCCAGAGCGGAGACUCGUCAUGGUGAAGCAGACUUGGGGAGAUUAAUUCACCUCAUCAUAUUUGCUCUCAUGUCUUCUGCGGGGCAGAGCACGGAGGUCUGCAAAGUACUGUUACUCGAGUAAAACAUUAUUACUUUUAAAAGUAAGACCGCUUUCACUUGUACUUAAGUGAAGUUUUCGUCACCUACCCCAGAACUUACUUGAGUUAGGAGUACAGAAGUAACUUAUCAAAAACUAACUCAAGUUCUAGUUACAUCUCAGUUUUGCUUUCAAGUGAACCUGAUCAUUUAGUUGACACAUUGUAAUUCCAACCAUUGGGAUUACAUUGUAAUCACACAUUGUAAUCCCAACCAGCCAAAUCAAAACGUA